UGUAGAAUCAGCUGUGCCGUCUCGAUCUCACUGGAAAGAAAGACAGGGUCAAAGCGGUUUAUAGCUACGCAGCUAUUGUUAUUGUUGUUAAAUAUACAUUUGAUUUGUGUACAAUCAGACGUGUCAAUUGUUUGUUUAAUUCUGGCAUUGCAGCCACCAUUAACGUUAACGGCGCAAAACAGCUGGCACAUGCGCGAACAAAAAUAUAGAAAUUCCAGCACAAAGCAAACGUUGAAAACAACCACUAAAGUCAACGUCGUCAACUUUCCAAAGAGCUCUCAGCUUUUGACUUGGAGCUCUGGCUUUUCCUUGGGAGAGAACGCACCACCAAACGGUAUUUGAGCAAAGAAAAUUCCGCUGCUCAUUCAGUUUUCAGAGGACCUUCGACACAGGCAGCCGAAAAUUCAAGUUUUGCUCGUUUUAACUGGCAGACCAGAAACCAAUAAGUCAACAAAAAAAUUCAAAAAAAAAAAAGAAACUCCAACUCAAGUGCGUGCAAAUCAUAAUUAACAGUAACAAAUAAAAAUAAAAUACGCAGAAAUUUACAUAACUUGCUCGUUGAAAGUGAAACUACAUUUGCAGUGCAAAAGAAAAACCUAUUACAAAAUUCCUGCCAAGUGUAAUAAAGUUACUCGUCAGCGAAGGAGGGAGACGUAGUAGCAGCAGCAGCAGCAGCAGCGACGUUUGCAGAACACACGACAAGAGAGUCAUUCGCAGAGAGCGUGCUCAGAGCGUGAGAGAGACGGACUGAGAGCAAGACGGACGCCGAGAGAGCAAGCGAUUAAAAGCAUCAACACCCCAAAAAAAAAAAAAACGCAAGCGCCUCCUCCGUGCACACGUUUCCUACUCGAGGCUUUCGUCGCAUCGACUACAACUUCGUUUUCGUAUAGCAAUCGUUUUGUGUAUUCACAACGAGGCCAGGCUAAUCCUUUCGAGCACUGCAAUAAGGACGGACACACACACACAUAAAAGAAUAGCCAAACAUGUUUUCGGGUCUUACAAAUCAAUUCACCUCGCUGGUGGGUGCAGUCAAGGGCGGCGCUGGCGAUGAGGAUGUGCCAGUGCCCCCAGGCGGUGAGACUGCCGCUGGAGCAGCGACCACAUCUGCAGCCGAGCCAGUGGCUACAUCAGCGGAACAGGAUGCUGCUGCCGCCGCCGCAGCCGCCGCUGCUGCUGGGGAGCAGGGUCUCGAAGGCGAGGACGGUGCCAAAAGCAUACCCAAAUCCAGUUCCUUGGUAGAUUCAUUUGUUAGUGAAGCCACUGGCUGGCUUGGUAGUGCCAAAGGCUGGUUAGGCAAUGCUUCGAUGCCAUCGAUGCCAGCCAUGGCAAUGCCAUCGAUGCCCUCGAUGCCAGCGAUGCCAUCGAUACCAUCGAUUCCUGGACUACGGAAGAGCGGCGCUGCCGAGGGAGCUGAGGGUGCCGAGGGCGCUGCAGAUGCCAGUGCUGCAGGUGCUGUGAGUGGUGGCGAAGAUGACGACAAGUCGAGGUAUAUUAGUGCCACUGAGGGCGCCGAUUCGCAUCCAGCAUCUGGCGGCGGCACGCCCACUGGCGACGAGGGUCAAAUUGGACAGGGUAAGGGCGAUGAAGUGAAAAUUACCACAAAAGUAACUCAACAGGCUAAACACUUUGGAUCUUUCUUGUCAUCGGCCAUUAGCAAGGCUGGCAGCAAGAUCAAGGAAACAGUCAAGGAUAAUACCAUUCUGGACUCAUUCAACAAGGAACAGGAGGCAUUCAUUAAGGGUCAAGGCGGCGCUGGCAAUGGCGCUGCUCCCUGGAUUGGACAUGCCAACGAGUCGAAGAUUAAGGAGGAGAUUUUGGGCUUGUCACAGGAUCGUCGCAACUUUGUCCGUGCUCCGCCAGCCGGCGUGGACUUUGAUUUUAGUUACGAUACCGCAUAUCCCACUGCCAUAGCCAUUAUGGCCGAGGAUAAGGCGCUCGAAACGAUGCGCUUCGAAUUGGUGCCCAAGAUCAUUACUGAGGAGAACUUCUGGCGGAAUUAUUUCUAUCGCGUCUCACUGAUCAUUCAGGCCGCCGAGCUAGGCACUUUGGGCGCUGAUGGUGUUGGCCAGGCUUCCAGCGGUGAAGACGACAAAAAACAGCCAGAUAAGGAACAUAUUGAUAAAAAUAUGUGUCCAGUCAAAAGUGAGACAAAUACUGAGAACCAAGCAAAAAAAGGAGCUGUCUUUAACCAACCGAAGCCUGUCAUUGAUAAAAAGGCUGCCGAAGAGCUUAAAGAGAGUGAUAAGAAAAUGAUCACAACAAAAAUCUCCGAGUCUGAGUUCGUCUCGGAUGAAUUUCAAACAUCGAAUGAAACCGAUUUGGCUGAAAUAAAAGAUGGUAUGCGCAAGUUGGGCAUUGAUAGUAUGACCCAACAGGCGCUUCCCGGCAACGAUGAGGAACAAUGGGAAAAGGAUUUGGAAGCUGAACUCAAGGACUACGAGGUUGUCGACGAAGGAGGCACUGGUGGCGGUCACAAUAAACAUGGCGAUGGGGGGGAGGACGAGGAGCCAACAAUAUCGAAUUUGCGCACACGUUCGUCUAACAACGAUUGGGAGGAGUAUGCCGAUUUAAUUGAGGAUACCGAUGAUUUAAAGUAAUUAAGAGCUUAUAUCGUAGUUUCUUCUAAGUUGGCUCUAAGUUUAUAACUUAACUUUUCUUUCCAUUCCUUUCUACUCCUUUGUUUCUUUUAUACUACUUACUUAACUCUUUUGUAUUACUUACUGUCCUUAUUCGGUAUGUAUUCUUACCUAUCAACAACCAACAAAUGACCGCAUCCAACAAUAAUCAACACAGAACUUUGAAGUGCUUAAAACGCACAAUGUUGGGCUAUCAAUGAGACGAGGCUUUCUUUACGCUCUUCUAAUGUUGGCGUAAAAGAUUCAUAAAUGUAAAUAGAAUUUGCCUCGGGUCCUAUUGGAAAAGUUGGUUGAGAUUUGUUCCAAAAGCAAUGAAUUUUAUUUAGUUACCUUUAAAGAUGAUAUAAGACACAAACCCAAACAUACAUACUAUAUAUGUAUACCUUAUGUAUUAAUUCAAAUUAUUGGCAAUUCAAAUCAAUCAAUCAAUCCGAAUGUAAAGAUUUAUCUUUUCUUUUGUCACCUUACGAUGGGGUGACGAGUGGCCCAGAGUAUCGGAAACUUUCGCCAAUUGUUCAGCACACGAAAAAUGGCAAAUAGUUAACUAUAAAUAAACAAA